UUUCCUGAGCUUUCAUAUAGAUCUAGUAAGCUCAACUCAACCAAGGAACCACGGUCCAUUAAUAACGAAACCUUCACACUACAGAAUGUUCAUUCACCAAAAGUAGUAGAUAUUCCCAAACCUGUAUGUCUUUUAAAAAAGAAUAUACCAAUAGGCGAGAGAAAAUUACUAGGUUUAGACAGUGUUAAGGCAAUGGUGAAUUUGCGAUUUCAGACAUGGGGGUUAAAUGGUUAUUGGAGGAUUGAUGAUGACUCGAUUGAAAUGUUUAGCAAGUCACAAGAGGAAGCUGGUCAUUGUAUGCAACUGCUAAAAGGAAACGCUUCUUGAAAAAACAAUUCCGCUCCGGAAAGAUUCUAAAUUUAUUGUUGAAUCUGAUAAAUGGCAGAUUAUGACAGGGAUGUUGAGGAAAAGACAUCAAGAACAGGUUCAAAUAGAUGUAAAUCAUGCUAAUUGUGAAGUGACUGUUUACUCAACAUCAAUGUUCAUCCUAAAAGACUCAUGCGACAUCAUACGGUUUUUCCUGCGAGAUAACCAAAUGAAAACGGUAACACUACGCUAUGACGAGCCCGUACUUGCUUUUAUUAUAAAACACAAACGAAUAUUAAAAAGAAUUUGUCAAAGCCUUUCGCAAUAUUGCCUUGAUAUAUCAACUGUUGACAAAACAAAUAUCCGCUUGAGAGGCAUCGGUUUUGGUGUUGGACGGGCCAUGCAAAUGGUGAACAGCUUAGCAUCAAAGUAUGCUAAAUCAACUGAUGAGGAUCGGUUUGAUUCUGAUAGCGAAACGGAUGAAGACGAGGAAGAAAGAUUCGCAGAGGACGCUGAUGAGGCACAAGCAGUAGAGGCGUCUAAUGUAACUGUUCAGAUUAGUCUUGCUCUUGAAGAUGAUACGGAAGCAGCUGUAUGUGCGUUAUGUUUUCCAGGCGAUGAUAGGCUGUUAUAUGUAGUAGCAGGAAAUAUGAUUGAAUUACCUGUCGAGGCUCUGGUCAAUGCCGCUGAUAAAACGUUAAAACACAAUGGUGGACUUGCAAAAGCUCUAGUUUUGAAAGGUGGACGCUCUAUUCAAGAGGAAUGCACAUUUCACGUUCAGAAUAAUGGAAAUGUUGAGAUAGGACAAGUGUUCUGCUCAGAUGCAGGAACACUGCGGAGUUCGGUUAUAAUGCACGCAGUUGGUCCAAAGUGGAUUGAUGGCAACCACGAGGAAAAGGAUAAACUGUUUGAAUGUGUAACAAAUUGUUUAAGAAGUGCUUCCAAACGCAAGAUUGCAUCGGUUGCAUUUCCAGCUAUAAGUGCUGGAACGUACAGAUUUCCGGUUAAGGAGGCAACCCUCACUAUCAUGAAAGCUGUCAAAGAUUUUCUAGAACAGGAACCACGCUGUAGUAUUCGAGAAAUUUAUUUUUGCGACAGAGACAUGGACACAGCAAGUGAAUUUGUAGUGUCAAUGAAAGGUACCUUCCAUGGUGAUGAUAUUAUUCUAUCUGGGGCACAAGCCCUGCCAAAAUCUGCUGAAAAUGUUGAAAAUGGAAGAAAUGAUAAACGCCAAAUUUUGUUUUUCUAACUGCAUUAAUUUCCUUAAAUUCAUUUAGGGGUAAAUUUAUGUUGGUGAUAUUAUUAUCAUCCAAGGGUAUAUAUAGUGGAUGAAGAGGUGCAAGUCAAAAUACGUCAGUGUUAGUCUGUACGUUGAAAAGUUUUGCCCUAGAUAUAUGUUCCUUGUACUGAGUUAGCAAAGUGUGCUUAGGGACAUUUGUUGUUUUUUUCUCUAGUGAAAAUGCGCUUAAAAAUGUAAAAAUAUUUAACCAAACAUGUGUAUAUAUAUUAACAUGCAAUGACUGUUUUAUUAAGAAGUAAAAUGCAUGACAUGUUUUUAAAUUUUAUGAAAAAAAAAAUAUCGUAAUUAAACAUUUUAUUGAAAAAUAGGAAAGAGGUGAUCUUAAGCUGCAGUCUUGUUCUGUUAGUGUUUGUUAUUAAUAUUUAAUGCAUUUAGUUCUUAAAUAUUUAGGAAAAGUGUAUGAUUAACUGGCAAUGUGAUACCCUAAUCAUUGUGUUAGAACUUUUUAGCUACAUGGUUCAUUUCGAUUCUAUUUUACAAUAUCACCAUGUCUGUUUUCUACAAGAUAUACCAUGGACUUAAAGAUCAUAAAGUCUCUACAUUAAAGUUAAGUACAUGUGCAGCUUCUCGUGUUUUUCUGCAACAUACAUAUCCGAUAGUGUUGAUGUAAAUAAUAUAUUAUUAUAUUAUCUAUAUGUAUCAUAUGCUUAUCUAGUUUGUUAAAUAGCAGUAAAUUUCUAGUCGUAAAAUGUUGAUAUACAACACGCUUUUGCCUAGUACUCAAUGUAUUUUCAUUGUCAGUUUUUUUCAUUUUUUUCGCAAUCGUUCAAGAGCAAAAUACGAAAUGAAACAUUUUACGGUCAAACGUUAUUACCUUUUAAACUGGUGAUUUUAAUUCAAUGAAUAUUGUGGUUAUCUAGCUAUUUAUUAGAAUAAAUAUAUAUCUUAUAAA